GAACUAAUAGAGGAUUUUGAGUUAGUUGAUCUCACCUUACCAAAAUCACAAGAAUUAGAGAAUAUAAAUCAUACUGAUCUUGUAACAGAAAUUCAGUCUCUGAUUAGUCAGCUUCCUGUAACUAAUCCAAUGCAAGCAAAAAAUUUUAUUGAGGUCAAUCAUAGUAUUGAAAUGGAUAUAAUGCCUAGUGAUAAUGAAAUAAUUACUGCUGUACUUGAUCAUGACUGCAAUGAAGAUGAUGAAAAGGAAUCUGAAGUUCGUAUUUCUUAUAAAGAAGUUAUUAUAAGUAUUUAUAAUAUUUUGCAUUUUAUUGAUCAAGAAAACGAAUUUAAAAUAGAUGAAUCUUUUAGAUAG